UUUAUUUUCGUGUGUGUGAGAUUGACAGUCUGUGGGAGAGAUCCUCUUACUGUAAUUCUCUUGCUGCUGAUCUCACAAUUGUACCAAGCCAAACCCUCAUCCAUCCAGCAGCUUCAUAGAGAUGCUGGGGGGUGACGUGGUGGCGUUCUGGGAGGUGGAGUUGAGUGAUGGAGUCUACAAGAUCCAGUUUUCUCAUGGAAGCACAACCGGCAAGCGAAUUGUGACUGUUAAUGGGCAUGAAGUGAUCCGCAGAGACUGGAUGUUCAAACUCGUUGGGAAGGAGACGUUUACUCUUGGUGAUUCAAAGACCAGAGCGACCAUCCAUAUCGAAGCUGUGGGUGGGUUUUCCUACCAAUAUUCCCUGGAUAUCAAUGGAAAGAGUCUUCAAACUUUCUUGAACCAGCGUGCCCAAAGCACUGAGACCUGGAUCAUUCAAGUUGAUGGAGUGGACACCAGAGUGGUACUUGAAAAAGACAAAAUGGAUGUCUGGUGUAAUGGACAGAAAAUGGAAACUAUGGGGGAAUUUGUGCUCAACGGUACAGAGACUCGAUUUCUCCUUGGGACGCAUGAGUGUGUCAUCUCGACAACCACCAGCAGUGGCAAGACGAGGAAAAAUGUCAUUGUGCACAACCUCUUGCUGGAUGGACAGAUUGUAAAGCAACAGUAGAAGAAACUUGCCUCUUUCUUGAAAUACUGAAGCCCAGUAAAAAGAUUGCAAACUAUAGAAAUAAACAUUAUCAGGAGCAGUUCUAGGUUUGUUAAUUCUUGUACAAUCCAGGAAAUGUACUUCUGUUGUAGUCGGGACAUCUAACCCAGGACCAAGAACCAGAAGAGCCCCAUCAAGAUCAAUUAUUUCCAACUAACCCUGAAAGUUUUAUUUAAAUAAAUAAUUCUGGAGUUAUUCUUGGGAGUUUAAUAAAUGACCUCCUUUCAUUCGCCUCAGAGGUAAUUAUUGAUUACAUUAGCGUUGUAUUUCGAGCCAGCUUCUUUUCCUGCAGAUCUUUUGUCGUUCGUAAAUAAUAUUCAUUAUCGAGCACAAGGCUGGCAUUCUGGCAGAGGUUUUUCAAGAAAGGGUUUUAAUUGGUUGGGAAUUUAACAAAU